AUGCCUUCUGCCGUCGAGAUGGAGUCUCCAGCAAGAGACGGGUCGAUCUCGCGGUCACCUUCUCCGGAAGGGCCAUCCGCUACAAAGAGGAAGAGGUCACAUCGUCACUCCAGGCCGUCAUCAUCAUCAUCAGCAUCCGACUCGUCCUCUCGCUCUCCCCCACCGGCUCGAAGGCGUCGCUCAGUCUCCCCGGCUCCCAAUGGAAAGGAGAGCAAUGGCUCUAAGAUGGCGCCAGAGACAAGUUCCUCAGCGAAAAGCAAGGCGCAAGUCAAUGAAGCUCCCACGAGAACGGCAGAGACAGGAGCAGCUUUAAGGAUCGAGCUCUCCAAGCUCUCUGGGACCAGGGCUGGAGGAGCAUACAUCCCCCCAGCUCGCCUCAGAGCUCUCAUGGCUGAGGCCCAGGCUGCCGAUGCUGGAUCAAAAGAAUUCCAAAGGAUGAGUUGGGACGCAUUGAAGAAGAGUGUCACCGGUCUGGUGAACAAGGUGGCGGCCGACAAUAUCAAGCACAUCGUCCCAGAGCUCUUUGGCGGAGCCAAUCUCAUCAGAGGAAGAGGUCUCUUCUGCCGAGCAAUCAUGAAGGCUCAGUCUCUAUCUCUGCCCUUUACCCCGGUCUUUGCCUCCCUUGUUGCCAUCGUCAACACCAAGCUUCCCAUGGUGGGCGAGCUGCUUGUCGUUCGACUCGUAUCGCAGUUCCGUCGGUCCUUCAAGAGAAACGACAAGACAGUAUGUGCCGCAACAGCUACAUUCAUUGCCCAUCUGGUCAAUCAGCGCGUCGCGCACGAGAUUCUAGCCCUCGAGAUCCUGGUCCUGCUGCUUGAGAAGCCUACGGAUGAUUCUGUGGAAAUCGCAGUCGCCUUCAUGCGGGAGGUGGGCGCAUUCCUUGCCGAAGAGUCCCCUAAGGCGAACAACUCGAUCUACGACCGCUUCAGAGCAGUCCUGUACGAAGGCAGCAUCUCCAAACGCGUUCAGUACAUGAUCGAGGUGCUUUCGCAGGUGAGGAGGGAAAAGUACAAGGACAAUCCGAUUGUGGCAGAGGGGCUAGAUCUAGUCGAAGAGGAGGAUCAGAUCACUCACAAGAUCGGGCUGGACGAUGAGCUCAAGGUCGAAGAAGGAUUGAACAUGUUCAAGGUGGACGCCGACUUUGUCGAGCACGAGGAGCAGUACAAAGCUAUCAAAGCCGAGAUCCUUGGUGAGGGGAGCUCUGACGAAGAGUCUGGCUCCGGCUCGGAAGCGGACUCAGAGGACGACUCUGACGAUGAAGGCGGACAGGACGCUCAAAUGCAGCUCGACAUUCAAGACAAGACUGAGACGAACCUAGUCAAUCUGCGGAGAACAAUCUACCUCACCAUCAUGAGCUCAGCAUUGUUCGAGGAAGCGACGCACAAGCUGCUCAAGCUCAACAUCCCUGAGGGUCAGGAAGGAGAGCUUUGCAACAUGAUCAUCGAGUGCUGUUCGCAAGAGAGGACCUUUUCGAAAUUCUAUGGUCACAUUGGCGAGAGGAUGUCCAAGUUGAAUCGCCGGUGGUCGGGCCUGUUCGAAGAAUGCUUCAGGACGUAUUACGAUGGUAUUCACAGAUACGAGACGAACAGGUUGCGCAACAUUGCUCGCUUCUUUGGCACACUGCUUGGUACCGACUCUAUAUCGUGGGCCAGCUUUGAGAUCAUUCACAUGAAUGAAGACGACACUACCUCUUCCUCCAGGAUCUUCACCAAGAUUCUCUUCCAAGAGAUGCUCGAGAUCCUUGGCAUGAAAGAGCUCGUCAAGCGCUUCAAUGAUGAGACGAUGCAGCCAUGCUAUGUCAACAUCUUCCCCAGGGAUAAUCCCAAGCACACACGAUUCAGCGUUAACUUCUUCACGAGUAUCGGACUGGGAGCUUUGACAGAGGGCAUGAGAGAGCAUCUGAAGAACGUGCCGCUGCUACUACAGCAGCAGAGACAGGCUGCACUGGAGGCUGCAGGCGGGGCAGAUUCUUCUAGCGACUCGGACUCUUCCUCCAGUCUCUCUGACUCGGACUCGUCAAGCGUACUCAGCAGCUCUUCAGGCAGCUACUCCAGCCGCUCGAGGUCGCGAUCGCGGUCACGAUCGCCGCCCAGGAGAGCGAGAAGGGAUGCUUUCAGUCCUGACAGAGGUGAUUCUCGUUCGCCUCCUCCUCGCCGACGAGGUCGAUCACCCUCUUACACUCCAAGUCGCUCACGCUCGCCGAUCUCGAGAUCUCCCUCGCCGCCGCGCAGGGCCGGUGAUGGCAGGUCACGGUACGAUGAUAGGCGUGGCGGUCCACCGCCGCGUCGUUUCUCUCGCUCGCCAAUUUCACGAUCGCCCUCCCCUCCGCGCAGGAGCGGCAAUGGUCGGUCCCCAGGGUACACCAGGAGGGACAGUCGAUCGCCUCCUCGUAGGGCUCGCUCUCCCAUCUCGAGGUCUCGCUCCUUCUCGAGAUCGAGGUCGAGGUCGAGAUCCCCGCCGAGGCGCGGUGGAUACACUUCUUCGAGGAGACGCAGUCCUUCUCCGCCUCGCUCGACGAGACGUUCCAGCCCCCCUCCGGCUAGCAGGGCUGCUCCAUAUGAGAACAGUGAGAGGAGGCAAAUCAGAGAGGAGUACAUUAGAAGGGGAACCCCUCCGCACUUGAAGGGCGGUGUAAGUGAUGGAUUCAGGAGCGGUGCGAAUGGCAGAGGAGGAGCCGGAGGCGGGAUGCCGAGGGAUCACGGUUAUCAGAGGAGGAGAGACUGA